AAACAACUGCCACCUGUCAACUACUAAACCGUUGUUCAAAAUGAUUACCAUGAAUGAAUUGGUGGAUUUGCGUAUGCAGCAGCAUAUUGCUCAUGAAAUCUAUCGGCAACAGAUCAUGCAAAGAAUACCGGAUCCAUUUCCAUCUAUGCUGCCCAUGUCCAUGCCCCGACAUGUUAUAAUGCCACCACGAGUUACACUGCCCGGCGUUGAUGUAACACUACAAAAUGAUGAUCUAUGGAAGCAAUUCCAUCAAAUUGGAACGGAAAUGAUUAUAACAAAAAGUGGAAGACGCAUGUUUCCAUCCAUGAGACUGUCAUUGUCUGGCCUUGAAGAGGAAAGUAACUAUUGUAUAUUGCUGGAAAUGGUACCAAUUGGCGAUUGUCGUUAUAAAUUCUCUGGCUCACAGUGGGUACCAGCUGGUGGCGCUGAACCUCAAUCACCGCAACGCAUGUGUUUGCAUCCUGAUAGUCCGGCAACGGGUGCUCACUGGCAGGCCCAGCCGAUAUUGUUUAAUAAAGUGAAGCUAACAAAUAAUACGCUGGAUAAUAAUGGUCAUAUCGUUUUGGCGAGCAUGCACAAAUAUCAACCACGAAUACAUGUGAUACGUACCUCUGAUUUGGCUCAAAUACCGUGGGCGCCUCAGCAAGCAUUUGUUUUUCCUGAAACUGAAUUUGUAGCUGUUACAGCAUAUCAGAAUGAUCGUAUUACUAAACUAAAGAUUGAUAACAAUCCUUUUGCCAAAGGGUUUCGUGAAACUGGUCAAUCUCGUUGUAAACGCAAAAUGUCUUCAUCACCUACUGCCGAGGAUCAGCCUCAUCAUCAGCAGCAGCAACAACAACAACAACAUCAUCAUGAUAUCAUGUCUCCAACAAAAUCACUGACUACUACCGCAAUCAGUGAGUCGGGAUCAUCAAUUUGUUCGGAUAAACCAAUGACGGCAUACUUUAAUGAUCAUCAUCAUCAUCAGCAGCAUCAUGCUCAACAUCACAGCCUAGUGGAUGUGUUAGUAGAUGCAACAUCACCAUCAACAAUAACAUCGCCACAAAUUAAACGUUUACGUUCGAAUGGUUCGGCUUGUUCUUUAGAUGCGGUUAGCCAAACAAAUGAAACCAGUUCGGGAGGCAACAUGUCGUCAUUGGAUUAUGCUAACACUGCCAGCAACAUAUUUCAACAACAACAGCAUCAGCAGCAACCAAUUGCUUCUAGUGGUAAUGCAACAUCCGUUGCUUUCAUGCAUCAUUUCCAGCAAAACAUGCAAUCGUUGCUACGACCUUCACUGGUCGAUAUAGCCUGUUCGUAUUUUGCCCGUCCCCAACCGCUCUAUCCCCAACAUGUUUAUGCUGUGGCAGCACAACAUGAAGCAUUAGUUGCGGCCGGUUUGCCACUGCAACAAUUGCAAGCACCGCCAUCAUCGUCAUCAUCAUUACCACUACCACCUCAUAAUCUCAGCGAAUUGCCGCAACAGUGUUUGUCUCUGGAAACAAGCAACAGUGGUGCAACAACAGUUGGUGAUGUUAGCAGUGCAAGUGUUGGCAGUGUUAGCUGUAGAGGUGAAUUGCCAAAUCGUGUUAUUGCCAUUAACUCAAAUACCACCUUAGACUGCAUAACAAACGAUGCCGAUCUUUCUUCAUCCGAUUCAUCAUUAAUACAAGACGAUACUGCAACACCGGUUACAACACCAACAAUGUCUGCUACUUGUAAUUCAAACGAUGAUGCAUUAUCCCCAUCCCCAUCAUGCAACAACACCAGCAACCGCAGAAGUGCCAGCAAUGGCCACAAUACCAACCAUAAAAAGAAAGGUUUUAGCAUCUCGGCCAUUUUAGGUGGUGGCAGUUAGUUAAAGAAUUAAUGUCCAUUUAGUUAGAUAGUUAGUUUGCUAGUUAGUCUAUCGUCUAACUAUUGUAUCUGCCAAUGUACAAUGUAAUUAUAGCCUUUUAGUGGAAAUAAAUAGUUUGUAAUCAUUGUAUACUCAUUUAUUUAAUUAAAAAGUUAUAUAUUUUAUUUUUUAU